AUGGCCAGAGACCUUCUCUUAAAGGGGACGCGCGUGCCCGAGCGUGAAGCGGCUGGCGAAGGCGGCCCAUGGGCAGCCUCAGGGCGGGCGGCGGCGUGGUUGCUGCCAGCGCUCUGCUACACUACAGAAGGGGUGAGGGAGUGGGGCGCUGGGAGGUCUGGUGGGAGCUGGUGGGCCGGCGCCCGGAGAGGGGCGGGGCUGGCUUCUUCCCGACGGAGGCCUCCUCCGUCUGGAGCCAGGAAGUGGCGGCUUGCCCGGCAGGAGGCCGCCCGGGGGUGGGGGGCUGUGGCUGCCGGGAGGGAGGGAGGGAAUUGCUCGAGGUGCCCCCCCGUCGCCUCCCCGCAGCCCUGCGAGGUGGGGCUGGGGCCCGGCCGGGAGUUCGACGGCCGAGGGCGGCGGGCGGGGCGGCCGGGCAGGUGGCAGGGACUGAGGCGCGCCUGGGCUUCCGCAUCCCCCGCAGCAGCAGGCGUCUCUCGAGUGCGCGCGCUGGAGGUCCAGGCGGAGGGCCGGGUGCGCGCCUUCGUGGGCGAGGCCGUGGUGCUGCGCUGCUGGUUCCGGUCGUCUUCCCCGCUGACGGAGAAGCUGACCAUCGACUGGACGUACCGGGCUCUGGCAGGAGGGGCGCUGGAGCCGAUCUUCCACUACCAGUCGCGGGCCUACCCGGCCAGGGAGGGCACCUUCCGCGACAGAGUCUCCUGGGCGGGAGACGUGGCCAAGCGCGAUGCCUCCAUUGUCAUCAGCGACCCCAGGAUGGAGGACAACGGCACCUUCACCUGCUCUGUGAAGAACCCCCCCGACGUGCAUCACAGCCUCCCCCAGGUGGUGCUGACGGUCACCCAGAGAGGGUCCUCCUCCCAGCUGAGCUCGGCCGGGCUGCUGUCCCUGCUGGUGUUCCUGCCCUCAGCCGUGGUGGUGGCUGCGCUGCUGGUCAGGAUGGGCAAGAAGUCUGGGGUGCUCAACAGCCGGAAGAAGUUUGCCUACAAGAUGUCCUCCAUUGAAGUUGUUGAUGAACCUGAGCAACCGGGCUGUGCGGCGAGGCUGGCGGGCAGGUGUGUGCAGUGCCUGGACACAGAUGACGAAGACCCUUACUGACAGCAGGAUGAAGACCCCCCCCCCCCCCCGUCUCUGGCCAGAGGAACGUUGGUCUUGUGCUUACUUGUGGCGGCAGCGGGCCCAGCUGUUGCAGGGGCCUUUCAGAAACUUGAUCUGGGGGUAAAACUUGGGGUUGUUCUGCCCUUUCGUCCUAGUCGUUUGGACUUUCUUGGUCUGUGGGCCUGGUCUCAGCCCUGGCCUGUGGGGAACGCUCCUCUCUUGUCUGUCCACACGAGGGCUGCUGGACUUUCUCAGUGGAGCCUCGCACUGGAGCUGAGCCUCUGUGUGCUGCUUGGCCCACAGUUGUGGCUGACGGUUGCCCUCCUCAUCUUGGCUGCAGAACCAUCGCCUGGGGCCACAGAAUCUUCUUUGGGUGCUGCGCGUGGAGUCGCUUGGAGCAGCAGCAAAGUUUAAGAGCUCAGGGUGGCUAGCUUCGCAAAGUGUGGGAGGAGGCAGUCUACUUGUGCCUGAUGCAGCCAGGGACCCAGGGGGUGGCGAGUGGUAGCGGGCAAAAAUGCUCUGGGUGGUAGCGGGCAAAAGGUGUGGCUGAUUUCUGUUGACAUGGGAGGAGAGGGGGAGUCAGAUGGGCGUUGGUCUAAGCAGCAUUCCAGAGUCAAUUUCCUUGUCCCUUAAUAUCAGCCUCUACGGGCUACUGCCUUUGCUGACAAACACAAAUCUUAAAAAUAACAUUUUUAAACUUAAUCAUGAGGGAACAUAGUACAAUACAGACACAUAAGAAUCUCCUAAAUUAACAGUAACAAAACCUUAAGCUAACUGGGGAACUUAGUCAAACUAAAAUCCUAAGCAGCGGGCAAAUCAUAAAUUCAACUCUAAAGGGGCUUUUAUUACAUCCUAGAAGGGCAUAAACAAGAGGGAAACCAUACAACAUUGGCAUAAUCGCACGUUCAUGACCUUUGCAAGCCUUAUGAAGGCUUUUGAGCCACACAAGUCUCUGCGUCCGGGCAUGGAGCCGGUGUAGUCAGGCAAUCUGACUCAGGGAAAUAUUUUGUUUAUUUUCCUGGGUGGUAACAACAGGGUGUUUGUUGUGAGGGGGCAGGGCAAGGAAAUUGUAAGCCCCUUUGAGUCUCCUGCAGGAAAGAAAGGGGGGAUAUAAAUCCAAACUCUUCUUCUCUUCUUCUUAUUGCACCCGAUCAUUACUGUGGUAAAUAGAAUUCAAGGCCAAGCUGGGCCAGGAGCUCUGCGUUAAGGAUGGUGAAGAUGUGGAAUGUUUUCUGCUUCAUAUUGAAGUUCUCUGGCUAUCAAAAGGCAACUGGGUCUGUGAGAUGCUUUUACAACCUUUUUGACAUUGUUCGAAGACACAAAUGCUUUUAUGUGCUAAACUCCAAGAUGAGGCAUGACAUUGCUUAUUUAUCAGAACUAUCUGCAAAGAAAUGAGGCCAGUCAUAUUCAGCCCCAAACGGUCAUAUCUACAUUUAUUUCAAAGUUAACUCUAUUCAAAUUCAACCUGGGCUGUUGUGAGCUGUAUCAGCUUCAGAGACUGUUUGAGCUAGAAGAGAAAGGUGGGGCACAAGAUAAUUAUCUCCCUCCCUCCCUCCCUCCCUCCCGCCCGCCUCCAAGGGGAGAUGUGUGAGUGAUCCCAGGAUCUUCUUUCAAUGAAGAUUCCCAUCAGGAGACAAAACCCUUGUCACAGACUGGGGAAAUUGGGAAAUUAAGUGAGCUGCAAAUUGACCUUGAGCUGAAACAGAAGUUUAAGAAAUGGCACCAAGAGUUUUGGUAAAGGAAAGAGAUUUGUGAUGGCCGUCCAGCACUGCAGGGAUGGGCUUUUGCGUGGCCAUCUGGCUUCUCCAAGCAGGUCAUUGAAUGUGGUCCCAGAAGACUCCUGCUGAAUAACUUGAAACCAGACACUGAGAAGCUGGCAUCACUUCAUCAAGCCCAUCCACCGAAACUAAACAGGGAAGUAAUUCCUAAAUGUGGUAUCAGACUGUGAAAAGCUCAACCAAGUUCAUUACUUGAAUAAAUGCAUCUGGUUUUCAUUGCA